AUGCUUGGGUAGUUUCAUUCCAAAUAUGAAAUUGAUGAUUUAUUUAGAAAAAUCAUUGAAGAUAAGUAUGAACUCAUGUAACGCACAAAAGCUGAUAAUCCUAAUUUACUUUUACCUAAAGAUUUUAGUAAAUUCAUUACAGAAAGACUAUUCAUGGAUUUCUUACUCACUAUAUAUGAUUAUUGUGUAGAACUCCACAAAUUAGAAAAGAAAUAAGCCAUUUUAGAUCAAUAAAGUAAGGAAAGAACUGGAGUAGCUCCAAAAUUAUUAUCAUCUGAAACAGAUAAAAUUAAUUAAAAAUUAAAGGAGAUAUCUGAAAUCUAUUCUCAAAUACUUUUAAAAAAAGGCACAUACAACAUCAUAAUCAAAGACCAGAAAUUCUUUGAGACCUUGAUUUAUUUUAUUACAUAAGUAAAAUAAUCAUAAUUACUUAGGUAUUGAAAGAAGUCUUUGACAAGAGUGAUUUCAAAUACGUAGAGGAAGAAAUUAAUAGGAUAUUCAGAACCAACCCAUUCAAUCUGUUAAAAAGAAGAAAUAUAAAUGAAAAAAUAGAAUAAAAACAUUAUGGAGCAAGAGACUAUAAAGUUAUCAAGCAAGAUUUCAACCCAGAUGAUGAUUUAUCUAAGAAUGAGUUGAUUUAAAGAAUUUUAACCAGGAGGGGCAUGCCGAAAGUAAUUUAAAUUAAAAUCAUAGAGCAUAGACAGAGAGAUGAUGGUUGAAAAGUCAAAUCUAAAGCCUUUCUUUAUAAAAUCAACCAGAUGUGCUGCCAUUAAUGCCAGAUCUCCUUUGAUUGCCAUUAUGUUUCCUUCAAUUAAAGAGAGAUUAUUUCAAAUGGAAAACGAAAGAAAAUAAAUGACUUCCAGAUUUACCUAAAAGUAAAGACCCGUUAAGGAUUAAGUGGAGUUUUGGAUUUAAGAUUUAGAAAAUAGGUAAGCAAGAAUGAAGAGUUCUCAUGAAGACACUCAUGAGAAAUCAAAAUUUAAUCACAAGGGAUCAUAAUCAUUCUGCUAAUGA